AUGGCAAACUUGCCUUCCUACAUGCCCAUCCCGGGGGCUGCCCUCCCCAUCCCGGAACCCCAAGACCCCACACCACCCCGGGUCCCAUCCGUCCUGCAAGGCGGCACGGGGAUGCAGCGCGUCUCGUCGACGGGCACCGGCUCGUCGUCAACUUCAACCGGAGGCACUUCAUCGCAGCCAUACGCCGCGCCGUUCCCGCCCGCCAUCGCCGCCGCUGCAGCUGCAGCGCAGAUGAACAGCUCGCGCAGGUUCCCCGCCAUCCCGACGACCAACCUCAGCGCCAAUGUGUCAGACAUCGUCCUGUCGUCGCUGUUGCCGGCCAACCUGCCCAAGUUGCCAGGUGCAAGCGGCAAUACUGCGCCUGGCCGCGCACGCGAGCUCACGAGCCAGCGCGAAGGCCUCGGCCUCAACGUCAUGAGCAACAACUUUAGGCGAUUUGUGACCAAGGUUGGACCAAUCUUCUGGCUCCAGGACCGGGUCGAGGAGGUUCUCUUCUGGCAAAAACCCAUCUGGACGUGGGCAUGGCUCUUUACGUGGACGUUCAUUUGCUUCAACCCGCGUACUUUGCUCUUCCUUCCAGCCGCGGCCGUGUUGGCCAUCUUUAUCGCUUUGCAAGAACAGAAGCGCGCGGUCCCAAGCCUGUUUGGCGUCGUCCAGCCGGCCCCCGCGACCGGUUCAGCUCGCGUUGGGACCGAGUCUGUGUCUUACUCUGCGUCGACAGCCCCAGAAUCCGAGGGUAACCCAGUUGUGCCGCCGCGCGAGGCCGAGUCGAGUGUCGACUACUACAUGAACAUGCAGGCCAUCCAGAACCUCAUGGGCAUGAUUGCCGACAUAUUCGACCUCGUCACCCCGUACCUCGCCCUCGUCGGUGGCAAGGACACGUCCCCGACCUCGUUCCCCAUCACCCCUACCCACGUCGUCCUCGUGCUCCUCCCUCCGGCCAUUUUACUCCCACUCACCCCAGCCUGGGCGCUCCCUUACCUCCUCCUCCCAGCCGGCAUCCUCCCGCCCCUCUUCUUCCACCCAAACCUCAACCCCAGCUUCCAGGCCCUCCCGCGCUGUCACGCCGCGCGCGAAGCCCGUGCCGCUUUGGAAGACAUGGCACUUACAGACGCCCUCAGCGAUAAGAUUGGCUCGCGGCCCAUCGCCAGAGUACAAGUGUGGGAGAAUGAGCGUCUCGACCCCGCCACAGCUGCGAAGCCAUUGUCGGCCGGCACACCACCAGGAAGCUGGAGCGCGCGGUACCUCCGUGCCGGCGAGCGUGGGGCGUGGGUCAAAGUCCGCACGCCUGGAAAUCUCUGGGCAGACGAGGAACCCAAGUCUGCCGACGCCGAUGAAGGACGCAUGGUGCUUGCACUCAAGGAGAACUGGUCGUUUGUGCCCGAGGAGGACUGGAGGGUGGACGUGCCGGCACUGUGGAGCGACGUUGGUGCUGACCCAAACGGCUGGGCAUACGCCGACGACUCGUGGCAGUCGCCCUCGGACCAGGCAAUUGACGAGAACCCCCCUCCGCCCGUCACACCUUGGCGCCGCGUCACGCGCAGGCGUAGAUGGUGGCGCCGCAUCUACCUCGAGGAGUAG